AAAACCCUGGCACAAUCUCAAUCCCCAGGUCUGGCACAAUGGCUUUUCUUCCUUUCUGGGUUUGUGUACUAGUUGGUUGCUUUUCUGUUUCUUUAGCAGGGCCUUCCAGUCUCUCAGAUUUAGAGCCCCCUCUGUGGAAGGAGAGUCCUGGUCAGCUCAGUGACUACAGGGUAGAGAACAGUAUGUACAUUAUUAAUCCCUGGGUAUACCUUGAGAGAAUGGGGAUGUAUAAAAUCCUAUUGAACCAGACAGCCAGGUAUUUUGCAAAGUUUGCACCAGAAAAUGAACAAAAUAUUUUAUGGGGAUUGCCUCUGCAGUAUGGCUGGCAAUAUAGGACAGGGAGAUUAGCUGAUCCAACCCGAAGGACAAACUGUGGCUAUGAAUCUGGAGAUCUUAUGUGCAUCUCUGUGGACAGCUGGUGGGCUGAUUUGAAUUAUUUUCUGUCUUCAUUGCCCUUUCUUGCUGCGGUUGAUUCUGGUAUAAUGGGGAUAUCAUCAGACCAAGUCAGUCUUUUGCCCCCACCCAAGAAUCAGAGGAAGUUUUGUUAUAAUGUUUCUAGCUGUCAUUCAUCCUUCCCUGAGACAAUGAACAAGUGGAACACCUUUUACCAGCAUUUGCAGUCACCUUUCAGUAAGUUUGAUGAUCUGUUGAAGUACUUAUGGACUGCACAUACUUCAACCCUGGAAGAUACUAUCAAAAGCUUUGAAGACAGAUAUGAUUAUUAUUCUAAAACAGAAGCACAUUUUGAGAGAAGUUGGGUAGUGGCUGUGGGAUAUAUAGCUGCAGCCCACUUUCCCACAACCUUGAUUAGAACAUAUAACUUCCAGAAGGGCCUGCCACCACGAAUUCUUGUUACUGCUGAUGUAGCCCCUUUCAUCAGUGACUUUACUACUUUUCAGAAUGUAGUCCUGUUUCUUCUAAAUAUGCUUGGCAAUAUGGAUAAAUCUACAGGUUAUCUUUGUACAGAAAAACCUAGUGAAUAUAGCGGUCCCUUGGAAUCUAGCUCUAGAGAUUAUGGAAAUAACUCCUGAAACAUUUAAUUUGAAACUUCAGGAAAUGAUUAAUGAAUUAAAAAUGAAAAACUCUAAAUUGACACAGUAAUUUUGAAAAAUUAAUGUAAUCGUGACCAUGUAGUUUUAUUAUUUUUGAUUUAUGCUUGUUAAGAUCUUGCACAUGCAUUAAAAACUUAAUUGCAUUCAAAUU